AUGUCCCCCGAUGCAGCGGCGUUACCGUCUCUACCGGACAUACCACCGUGGAAGGAUAGGCGUCCUUACUCGGUGGGGGGCAACAUGCAUUCCACCAGCGAAGUCACCAGACUAGGCCCUCAUCAGAAUGGCAACACCGCGCCACAGCCUCGAUACCCUAAUAUCAAGGACCUGCAGGAUCAGGCAGCCCUGUUAAAUGUAAACGAGAAUGCAUCGCUCGAUAUCCUGCUAAGAACAGCAUCCGACGCUAUCGGCCAAGCUAAAACUCUCGCAAACGACGAAAGGUCUGAUGAGGCCUACGUGCAAUAUCUCCGUGCCUCGGAGAUCACCAUCAACGUCAUCCCCCACCAUCCCGACUAUAGAACGACUAUAACCCAACGCCCUGGGUGGUACAAAGAGUUCGCCGAUUUGAUGAUGGCGGUGCGGACCAAGCAAGGAACAAUGGAUAUGAUCAAACAAAAUAUCAUCGAAGAUAACCUCAAAAGCCAAAUACAACCUAUGGGCAUAUAUAGGCCAGGAUCCUCUGGGAUGGGCUCUAUUGCACCCCGGGGCCGUGAGAACCGCGAUUCGCCCAGUGGAGCCAUGAGAAUGCCAAGUCCGACGCAAUUUCAAGCAAAGCCUGAUUUCAAUGCUAAACCCCAGCGAUUUUCGAGCCCCGCGGAAGACAUAUUAGCGCAGCGUUUUGCAAAGCUCAAGAUGGUCCAACCCAGUGGAGCCGAUUCCCCUUCGCGAUCGUACCCACCCACGAGCCCCGCAGGACAGAUCUCUCCUCAUACGUUGAAGGAUCCCCAGGGCGACAACAAUCUUAUACAUCAGUCCCCAACCAGGCGUCCAUUGGGACCUCGCAGCAUGGGGUCGUCGCCCGCAGUACCCAGUAUCCCUCCUAAACUUCCUCUGACAACAGCCCUCCCACGUGCUCCCGAUCCCGCAUACAGCCCAAUCUACACGGUACCUACACAGCAUCCACCAAACCCUCCACGAACAUCUACUGAAAGUACGCGGCCUAUUACACAACGAUAUUCGCAUUUCACAAAUUCUCCCCGCGGUAGUCCCAGUCGUGGUCCUCAUGAUAACCCUUAUCGGUCACUCACUCCAAAUGGGGUGAACUCCACACGAGAGUCUCGGAGUGGCUCGCCUGAUAUACCAGCCAACCCUACAAUUUCGGCCUCAGACCUUCUUGAUUUUCUGCGGCGCUUUAAUGUGCUUCUUGUGGAUGUUCGUUCUCGAGAUCAAUAUGACAAUGGACAUAUUUAUGCAAAGUCGAUCCUUUGCAUUGAACCUGUUGCAUUGAAGGAAAAUGUGUCAGCGGAAGAACUUGAGGAGCGCCUUGUUGUGUCUCCAGAUUAUGAGCAAUCCUUAUUUGAACGACGAAAUGAAUUCGACCUUGUCGUUUAUUAUGACCAAACUACUGCGUCGGUCAGUUAUCUCGCAGGCUCGCCUGUGGGUACAUCAGCGCCCCAUUUGAGAGCUCUCCAUGAUACUCUGUAUGAGUUCAACGAGUACAAGCCUCUAAAGGGCGGGCGUCCUCCGGCGCUAUUGCUUGGUGGUUUGGAUGCGUGGAUUGAUCUACUUGGGCAACAAUCCCUAGCUACAUCGUCGACUGCAGCGGUAAUGGGUUCGAUUCAAAGCAGAAAGCCCGUUUCAAAGCCUGGUCGCCCACUGGGUCGCGUACCUACAAUGGCAAGUGCUAAUUCGAGCUUGGAAGUGCGCAAGAGAAGACUCCGAGGGUUCACCCCCCUUAAUUCCGAGGAAUUAACAGCAUGGCUGGAAAAGGCCAAGAAUGAAGAGAUCGAUACUAGCACAUAUAUGGAAGAUGAGCCACUCACAGAUGAACCGCAAGAAGAUUUGGCACAAACCACAAGCCCAUUUGUCCAUAAUUAUGAGGAUUUCCUGCGCCGCUUCCCUGAACCAGGUAGCAUUCAACAAUCAAUGAAACACGCCCAGUCCCGACCAGUUGCAUUGCCUGUUCCGAACUAUGAGGCUCCCACGCCUCUCGCUGUAGCUCCAUCGCGCCCUGCUGCGGCUGUUCCUCGGCCUAGCUACAGCGGAGUGACCGAUGGGCGACAUUUUCAGGCUCAUAUGGAACGGCAAAAUUCAGCUUCCCGAACAGCGUUGUAUACUUCCAAUUCGCUGUUGAGUCGUCUGAAGCUUCCUCGCACUGGCCUUACCAAUUUCGGUGUUACCUGCUACAUGAACUCUACUAUCCAAUGUCUCAGUGCCACUGUGAUGAUGAGUCGGUUCUUUAUUGAUGACAGAUUCCGCUAUUAUAUACAAAAGAAUUGGAAAGGCUCUCAGGGUGUGAUGCCGGGGCUUUAUGCCAAUUUGGUCCGCUCCCUAUGGAAGAAUGAUGUGGAGGUGAUCAUGCCUACCUCCUUUCGCAACUUCUGCGGUCGAUUGAACCGGGAAUGGGCCAUUGACCGUCAACAAGAUGCGAAGGAAUUCUUUGAUUUCUUGGUAGACUGUCUCCAUGAGGAUCUCAACAUUAAUUGGCAGCGCAAUCCGCUGCGACCACUCACCUUUUCCGAAGAAAUGCAGCGGGAACGAAUGCCUGUACCCAAAGUAUCCAAAAUUGAGUGGGAUCGAUAUUGUCACCGGGAGGAGUCGUUCAUUUCAUCACUUUUUGCGGGCCAGCAUGCCAGUCGCCUUCGUUGCACCACUUGUCGCCAAACCUCGACUACUUAUGAAGCCUUCUACAGCAUUAGUGUAGAGAUUCCGCCCAGUGGGACCGGUGAUAUUUAUCAGUGUCUUCGUAGCUACUGCCAAGAAGAAAUGCUCAGUGGAGAUGAAGUUUGGAAGUGCCCGCACUGUAAGUGUAAGCGCAUGGCCACGAAGCAGAUCAUCAUCACUCGGGCACCUCAAAUUUUAGUGGUGCACUUCAAGCGCUUUUCGGCCUCCAAGACUCAAAGCGCACGAAAGAUCCACACGCCGAUCGAGUUCCCUCUCCACGGACUACGAAUGGAUGAUUUUAUCAUCUCCUACCCGAGUUCCACCCAACCACCCGAUACUUCGGCAGCGCCGACUACGGGAGCUACGGCGGCACCAUUUACAUACGACGCAUUUGGUGUACUCCGCCAUAUUGGUUCGUCCAUGGGUAGCGGUCACUACAUUUCGCUCGUUCGUGAUGCUGAAAGACAGUCCUGGCGACGAUUUGACGAUGAGCGAGCAACGGACUUCAAUCCGCGCGAUCUCCGAGGACGUGAUCGAUUACAGAAUGAGCAGGCAUAUAUUGUGUUUUAUGAGCGAGUUCCAGCGAAAUGA